CUUAACUCAAAUUCCCAUAAGCUUAACCCAAAAAAAAAUAAAUGGAAGCUUAUUACAAGUUCAUUCCAUGUCUUAUUAUAAUUUUUGUUCAACUAACUAUUAUUAUCCCUUGUGUUAUAGGAGGAAAAGUUCCAGCAAUUAUAGUAUUCGGCGAUUCAUCGGUAGAUGCUGGAAAUAAUAAUCAAAUUUCUACUGUUCUUAAGAGUAAUUUUGAGCCUUAUGGACGUGAUUUUUAUGGUAAAAUGCCAACAGGAAGAUUUUGUAAUGGGCGUAUCCCGCCUGAUUUUAUAUCUGAGGCUUUUGGUUUGAGACCAUUUGUGCCUGCUUAUUUGGAUCCAAUGUUUAGUAUUACUGAUUUUGCUGGUGGAGUUUGUUUUGCUUCCGCUGGUACUGGUUAUGAUAAUGCCACUUCUCAAGUUCUAAAUGUGAUACCAUUGUGGAAGGAAAUAGAGAACUACAAGGAGUAUUCAAAGAAACUAGAAGCAUAUGUAGGGAGAAAAAAAGCAAAAUACAUAAUACAAGAAGCACUCUAUCUAGUGAGCUUGGGAACAAAUGAUUUCUUGGAAAAUUAUUAUUCAAUACAAAGCAAACGUGCAUCUCAAUUUACAAUAGAACAAUAUCAAGGCUUUCUAAUUGAACUUGCUGAGAAUUUUAUCAAAGAAAUUUAUCAACUUGGAGCUAGGAAAAUAUCAUUUACUGGACUUCCUCCAAUGGGAUGUUUACCUUUAGAAAGAGCAACAAAUAUUAUAGGAGGACAUGGAGAUGCAUGCAAUGAGAAAUAUAAUGAUUGUGCUUUGAGGUUUAAUGUGAUGUUGAAUGGUUUGGUUGACAAGUUAAAUAGGGAACUUCCAGGGAUGAAAAUGGUUUUUUCUAAUCCAUAUGAGCUCAUACUUCAAAUUAUCAGAAAUCCUUCUUCAUUUGGAUUUGAGGUGGCUGGUGUAGCAUGUUGUGGCACAGGAUUAUUUGAAAUGAGUUAUUUAUGUGACAAAUUAAACCCACUAACAUGCACUGAUGCAAAUAAAUAUGUAUUUUGGGAUUCUUUCCAUCUCUCCCAAAAAACUAAUCUCAUUAUCACCAAUUUCUUGAUGAAAAAUGUCCUCAAUCAAUUUUUAUAAUAUCAUGUAACUUUGUACAACCAUUUAUUGUGUUGUUUUUAAUUUAAUUUGCUAAAAUAUAUUAUAAAUGUACUACGAUCCAGAGUGUGAAAAAAACAAUAUAUAUUUCAUUGUAUAUAUUGGUCAUAGUUGUAAUCUUCAUGUAAUUUGUGAUUCUUGUUUGUCUAAUAAACUUGUAUUUAUUCGUUUAAGGAUAUUACUAUAAA